GAGCGGGCGCCGGCAGAGCGCGGCGCGGGGCUGGCGGCGAACGUCCGCGGCGGAAUCGCCGUAGCUGCCGCUGCCGAAGACUCCCACCCGGGCCGGCAGCCCCCGCAGACCCACCUUCCCGGUGCGCGGCGGCUCCGCUGCUUCCCUCCAGAGGAGGUCGGGCUCCCCGCUCUCCGGACCCGCCUGGCGACCUCGCCUCCGGCGGGGCGGGCGGCCGCGGCGCCCGGGGCAUGGCUUCGGCGGGCAGCGGCAUGGAGGAGGUGCGCGUGUCGGUGCUGACCCCGCUGAAGCUGGUCGGGCUGGUGUGCAUCUUCCUGGCUCUGUGUCUGGACCUGGGGGCCGUGCUGAGCCCGGCCUGGGUCACGGCCGACCACCAGUACUACCUGUCCCUGUGGGAGUCCUGCCGGAAACCCGCCAGCUUGGACAUCUGGCACUGCGAGUCCACGCUCAGCAGCGGGAAUCAUCAUCCAGGGACCUGCCAGAGACCACAAGAAAACAUGGGGAGGAUUUUCCUCACAGGAGAAAAAGCCAAUUCAGUAUUGAAACGCUACCCAAGAGCUAAUGGACUUUUUGAAGAAAUAAGACAGGGCAACAUUGAACGUGAAUGCAAAGAAGAAAUCUGCACAUUUGAAGAAGCAAGAGAAGCUUUUGAAAAUAAUGAGAAAACUAAGGAGUUUUGGAACACCUACACAAAAGCCCAACAAGGAGAGAGUAACCGAGGAAGUGACUGGUUUCAGUUUUACCUUACCUUCCCAUUAAUCUUUGGCCUCUUCAUUAUCCUUCUUGUCAUUUUCCUAAUUUGGAGAUGCUUCCUCAGAAACAAAACUCGCAGACAGACAGUAACUGAAGGCCACAUUCCUUUCCCUCAGCACCUUAAUAUUAUCACUCCGCCUCCCCCACCAGAUGAAGUGUUUGAUAGCAGUGGAUUGUCGCCAGGCUUCCUGGAAUAUGUAGUUGGGCGCUCAGAUUCUGUCUCCACUCGCCUAUCCAACUGCGAUCCUCCACCCACCUAUGAGGAAGCCACUGGCCAGGUGACCCUCCGGAGGAGUGAAACAGAACCUCAUUUAGACCCACCCCCAGAGUAUGAGGACAUCAUCAAUUCCAACUCAGCCAGUGCCAUUGCCAUGGUGCCUGUGGUCACCACCAUCAAAUGAAACUGUAACCUUUUUACUAUAAUCAUUUUUAAAAUACUAAUGAAAGAACUUUCUAGCACUUUACCACUACAUAAAUGUGCAUUGACUUAUUGUAUUGGACUCUGACAGCAUACCACUUCACAUUUUCUGAUUUGAUUUUCAUUAGAUUUGUUUCCGACUAUAAAAUCAUUAUCCAUGCUCAUUUUUGCUAAUCAAAAUAUGUGAAGAGGGAAAAACAUAUUAGUGGAGGUCUUUAUGUGAUGUGAUGAGGUACACAUAUGUGUGUAUGUAUUUCUAUGCAUACAUAUGUGUAUGCACAUCAGCCCAGUAUAUGUGCAAGUGUCUUAAAAAGCCAUUAACUUCUGUCUAAAUCACCUAUAAAGAGAACACUACUCACCAACACCAGGCGGGGGGGGGAACAGCAACAACUUGUACCAUAGCCAGCCACAUGCUGUUGAAUUUUGAAAAUAAGAUGAACUUAGUAUGUUUUCUAAUUCUUACUGGCUUUUGUUAACCUCCUUUUUCUUCAGCUACCUUAAAAAAUGCAUGUAAUCCACCUUGAUUUUAGAAACAUCUCAAAAGGAGAGAGGGAAGGCACAAUAAAUGAUAAUUUACUUAUAGUAUAUAGCAAGAAUACCAUUGGUCAUUAGUGGCAUUUGGGUAGUUUGGAGAAAUGAUUUUGUUAUUGUUGACUGCCUUCCCCUUAACUCCUAAAAUUAAACACUGUUUGCUUAGUGUCUGAA